GAUAAUAGAUUUAGCAGCGGUUCCCCUUUUCACUUCUUAAUCCUUUCAAGUCUAAUCCAAAACAGAUACUGCCCCCAGCAAAUAACAAUCUAAUUCUUACAAUAAGCCAAUUCUUUUGGAUUCUCUCUGCCGUUAAAAUUUCAGUUGAUAGCAGUAAUGGGUCGACCUCCCAGUAAUGGCGGCCCCGCCUUUCGCUUCAUGGCCAAUGAGGUUAUGGAGAUGGAAGGUAUUUUGCAAGAUCAUCACAAUACGAUGCCAGCUAGAGAAGUUUUGGUAGCUCUUGCUGAAAAGUUCAGUGAAUCUCCAGAACGAAAAGGGAAGAUCGUCGUGCAAAUGAAACAAGUUUGGAAUUGGUUCCAAAAUAGACGCUAUGCAAUAAGGGCAAAAUCAAGUAAGGCUCCUGUGAAGUUAAAUGUUACUCCUAUGGCUCGAGAGGAAUCAGCUCCAGUUCGAAGUGUGCCUCAACCUGUGGCUGCUUCUAUUCCUACUCCUGUCUCUACAACAACGGUUGCUCCUUCAGUCUCUACUGCAGGAAGGGUUAUUACAGAAAUUUCAUACACAGAAUUUGAAGCCAAAUCUGCAAGGGAUGGGGCAUGGUAUGAUGUUGGGACCUUCCUGUCCCAUAGACAUUUGGACACCGGAGAUCCGGAAGUAUUGGUUCGCUUUGCUGGUUUUGGACCAGAUGAGGAUGAGUGGGUUAAUAUUCGCAAGCACGUCAGGCAGCGGUCCCUUCCAUGUGAAGCAUCAGAAUGUGUUGCAGUUCUUCCUGGAGAUCUCAUACUCUGUUUUCAGGAAGGUAAAGAUCAGGCUCUUUACUUUGAUGCACAUGUUCUUGAUGCACAAAGACGGAGGCAUGAUAUAAGAGGCUGCCGUUGUAGGUUUUUGGUGCGUUAUGAUCAUGACCUUUCUGAGUUGUCAAAUCUUUUGAUCCUCAGGAAAUUGUGCCACUCAGAAAGGUCUGUCGUAGGCCUGAAACAGACUACAGGCUGCAGCAACUUCAUGCUGCAAAUGACAUGGCAACCAGUGAUCACCAGAAAACUAGUACGGAUCCUUCUACGACCAGCAUCCAAAGGAUUACUGCCGAAAGUGUGCAGAGGCAACAAAAUGCUCAUGUCACAGCAGGCCCCGUUUCUCAUGCUAAAAUUUCUCUACCUGCCCAAAAAAUGACUCCAGAGCCAAAAACUGCUGAAAUCAGUAACACUGUUAAUGUUGGGAAUCCUACUCUUCUUCCCAGCAGCACUCUCAAUUAGAUUUUGGUUCAAGGUCUGUCUAAGAACUUAAACGAACAAAAAUUUCAGUAUAAUUUUGGUGUAGUUUGUUGAUAGUUUGGUUUGGUCCAAAUUUGAUUCUUGAAACAAUUUUAUGUAAUUUUUAUUGUCA